AUGGCUACCCGUCAGAGCUUGAGGUCCGUCACCCACACGGAAAAGGGCUUGGCCCUAGAGGCUUCCCGCAAGGCGGCGGCGCGUAGGGACGCAGAAGACUCCGAGCGCCCGUCCUUCAGGGCGGCAGGCGAUGGGCACGCGCAAAAGGUGGCGACGUUUGGUGGAGAAGAGACCCCUGUGCUGUUGGAGGGCUUCGACGAUGAAGUGGUAGCUGUGCCCAAGCCAUCGAGCGUGGACCCCGCGGGCAACAAGACCGCAGCAGGCAGGAAGAGAAACUCGGGGAAGUGGAACACGGGACAGGACCUGAUGCUACUUACUUCCGGCGAUGGGCACGCGCAAAAGGUGGCGACGUUUGGUGGAGAAGAGACCCCUGUGCUGUUGGAGGGCUUCGACGAUGAAGUGGUAGCUGUGCCCAAGCCAUCGAGCGUGGACCCCGCGGGCAACAAGACCGCAGCAGGCAGGAAGAGAAACUCGGGGAAGUGGAACACGGGACAGGACCUGAUGCUACUUACUUCCGUGGACCCGUCGCUGGCUGUCAGACACAAGACCUGGCGAGUGGCCGGCGUGACCGGCACAGUUGAAGACAGAUGGGGAUUGGUCUACGCAGAGUUGAACUCGGAGCCGCAAGUGAGAGCUUUGGGGGACAAGCCUUUAAAGAGUUUGGUGUUGCGCUUCAACCAACUUGUUCGCGUCCAAACCGCCAAGAACAAUGACGCCGCACGAGAAUCGGGAGUAGGGAAUACCUCCGGCGACGACCUCGACGGAGACGAAGCCAAGCUGGAGAAGCUGCUGAUCGCGGUGGUAGACGCCAAGGCCGCGGAGAGGGCAGGCUCUCAACAAGAAAAGGCGAGGAAGGCGGGCCAGAACUUGCUUGGCCAGGCAGCCAUCGACAUGGGCAACAGCCGGUGCGGACCGGGAGCAACGGCGACGUCCUUCGGAGAAGCUCACGCGAGCGACGAGCGCCGGAUGGAGGGAGUCAACCGCACCAAGGGACGCAUGCCUGGGUUCACGCAGCCCGAUAGCAGGAGCGGCAGCGGGAGCGGCAGCGGGAGCGGCAGCGGGAGCGGCAGCGGGAGCGGCAGCGGGAGCGGCCGAUCCAGCCCCGCUACCGCCGGCGGCGGGGCCGGUUUCGGUAACGGCAGUGGGAGCGGUAUCGGCAGCGGUAGCGGUAGCGGCCGAUCCAGCCCAGCUACCGUGGGUGGGGUGAUACCUGUCCCCCCGCUUGGGGGCGCCCUUGCCAACCUGCUACGCGCACCGACGAUCGAGAGGCUUGCUUCGAAAGCCAACGUUACGCCUGAGCAGGCGGACCUUUUCCUCAACGCGGGAUUUCGUCCUGACCAAAUCCCCUAUGAUGUAGCAACGAGGAUGAUGGAGACUGUGAUUGCGGGCUACCUGAGUGCACUUAGAGGUAACCAAUCCGUGGAAACGUUUGUCAAGGAAGUUAUUGAAGCUGAUGAAGACGCCGAUGGCUUUCAACCCGUAGCAACGACUAAAGUUCCCGGGUUGGACAGGGCUGGUGAUUUGACGAACGCACUUUUUGUCAACUACAAGCAAGACUUUAAUGCGUUUGGAAUCCUUCCGAAGGCCUACAAGUACCGCAGUGGGUGGUUGGUUGAGGAAGGUCCGUCGGACAAGGUCUUCGAUGGGUUGACGAGGGCUCUGGCGGCUCGACUGGUGUCCGGUGCCGACAACAUGCCGUUGAACUUAGCCGGCGGCGGCGGCGGCAGCGGCGGCGGUGGCGGCGGCGGUGCUAACGACUAUGACGAUUCCGGCGACGACGAUGCACCUCCCGACAGGCAAGCCAAGCGUACGGCCAAGAGCGGUAGGAAGACCCGCACAAACGCCAACAUGAGCAAGGAGUCGGANAAAAAAAAGGUCGAAACGAUGGGUUCCAGGUCGGUGUUUGUUUCCUGGAGUGCUUUAUCUGUGUGCUGUCGCUUCGAAAGUGAAGGUUUACCCAUUCCCACUUGUGUCGGCAUAGUCGACCGACCUCGUCAAAGGUUGCCUAUUUCAGCCCGUACCCAAUGGUCUUGA